UUCCUGCUUCCUUAGCUCUGCUGCAUAAUCCAUCUGCAGCGUCAAUAAAAGCAGGAGAAAUCUUUAACUGCAGGGCCGACGUACCCACGGUACAGCAGCGGUACAUCCAGUGUUCCAGUCUCACUGAAGUGUCCUGUCACACCGGCAGGACAACCCAGCGCUGAGCCCUCACACGGGACCUGAGCCGGGUAUCGUAUCUGCACACGUACGUUCACCCUCCUCUCCGCUACUAUUUCGCUUUGGGGCUUUAUCUUCAGCGCAAGACGCCAGAAGCCCUGUCGAGGCUGGUGUGUCUGGCGAACAACCAGCGGUCCCGAGCGGAGCCGACACCGCAAACGCCGAGCAAGGGCUCUGCCCGCCCGGCGGCCCCGCUGGGCGCCUCAGGGAUGAGGCGGGGGCGGCAGCUCAAGACACUCAGAGACUCCGCGCAGAGGAGGGGACGGGUCUCCCCGCUGGUGUGACCGGGGUGACCCCGGGGAGCCCCGCGCUGCGGCCCUUGUCGGGCUCGGCCCGGGCAGGCGGCAGCCCGGACCCUUUUCCCUGAAGCACCUCCCGGGCCCUGGCAACCGCCGCCUGGCAACCGGGCUGCGGGGCUGGAGGAUGAAGCAGGCGCUGGUGGACGACACCGAGGAUGUGUCCCUCGACUUCGGGAGCGAGGAGGAGCUGGCGCUGCGCAAAGCCAGGAUCAGGCACCCACUGGCCACCUUUUUCCACCUGUUUUUCCGAGUGAGUGCCAUUAUUACCUACUUGUUCUGUGACUGGUUCAGCAACAGCUUUGUUGCCUGUUUUGUCACUAUUCUCCUCCUUCUAUCCUUUGACUUUUGGUCAGUUAAGAACGUGACAGGAAGACUCCUGGUUGGUUUGCGUUGGUGGAACCAGAUUGAUGAAGAUGGAAAAAGCCACUGGGUGUUUGAAGCAAAAAGGGUGCCUGCAAUAGCUGCCUCAACUGAAGCUGAAGCUCGAAUCUUUUGGCUUGGUCUCAUUAUUUGCCCCGUUAUCUGGACAGUGUUUUUCUUCAGCACCUUGUUCUCCCUGAAGCUGAAAUGGCUGGCUCUUGUGAUAGCUGGGAUCUCCCUCCAGACUGCUAAUUUAUAUGGCUACAUCCACUGCAAAUUAGGGGGCCAGAAAAGCAGCAGCAGAGGACCUUCGAGGUUUUUUGUCACAGCAGAUGCUCCCAAGAGGCAGCCGAGGAGCACGGCCCAGGACCGCACUGAAGAACGGGCGAAGACAGGCACUAGAUAAAUCUAAAAGGAGCAGUAAAAAUACUCAUUUAUGAAAAUUGUUCUUCACGUGAAUGUAUUUAAGUAAAACUUUUGAAGAAUCCUGCCUGCAUGAAACCGUAAGGAAUUUAUGUCAUUUGCGUUUGAGUCUUCAGUUUCUGAAAGGUUUGGAGCCCUUAAGUUUCACCAAAAAGCAGUUUGUAUAGGCACCAAAGCAAUAUUUAUGGUUUAUACAGAGCACACUUCUUUAAGUAAAAAUAAAUAAAUCUGUCAACUAACCUGAAACUGUUGGAUUAUCUUAACCAGGAAUUAGAAUGUAAUCAAAACAUGAUGCUCAUUGUUUAAUUUGGGAACUACACUAAACAGAAAUCCAACUGCCUUUCCCUCUUGUACACAAUACUGAUUUCUUAAAGCUUCGAUUCCUCAAUAAAAAGAAGAAUCACAAUCACAAAGGGCCUCUUAGUUAUUAAAGAUACCAAAGGUUUACUUUUUAGGGUUGAGUAGAAGAACGAACAAAAGUCAUGUAGCAUAUUCACACAGUACUUAUGUGAAGCAGACGGUUAUGUAUAAACAGUUAAAAUAUCUUAUUCUCAUACCUGUAAUAAAUAAAAUAUUGCACUUGUGCUAUAAUUAA